AUGAGCCUGGUGGGUCUGUUCCUCGCGUGCAUGGUCGCCGGCGGCGUGCAGUACGGGUGGGCGCUGCAGCUCUCCCUCCUCACACCCUACGUCCAGGUAUAUAUAUGUAUACACACGCUGGGAAUUCCUCAUGCUCUUACUUCAGUCAUGUGGCUGUGUGGACCUAUUGCCGGCUUACUUGUGCAACCGUGCGUCGGCCUCUACAGCGACAAGUGCACCUCCAAGCUUGGGAGGCGGCGGCCGUUCAUCUUUUCAGGAUGCAUUAUCAUCUGUAUAUCCGUCAUUAUCAUCGGGUUCUCGUCGGAUAUCGGGUACGCUCUCGGUGACACGACGGAAGACUGCAAGGUAUACACGGGGAAGCGGUUGCACGCGGCGGCGUUCUUUGUCAUGGGGUUCUGGCUGCUCGACUUCUCCAACAACACCGUGCAGGGCCCGGCGCGCGCGCUCAUGGCCGAUCUAGCAGGCAGCCAUGGCCCCAGCGCCGCCAACGCGAUCUUCGUCUCGUGGAUGGCGAUCGGGAACAUCCUGGGGUACUCCUCUGGCUCCACCAACAACUGGCACAAGUGGUUCCCGUUCCUGCAGACGAGGGCGUGCUGCGAGGCGUGCGCCAACCUCAAGGCCGCCUUCCUGGUCGCAGUGAUAUUCCUGGCCUUGUCGACGGUGGUGACGAUGAUCUUUGCCAAGGAGGUGCCGCUGGACCCGGCGGCGGCGAAGCAGAGCGAGGGGGAGCCGUCGGGGCCGCUGGCCGUGUUCAAGGGCAUGAAGAACCUGCCCCCCGGCAUGCCGCAGGUGCUCAUCGUCACCGGCCUCACCUGGCUGUCGUGGUUCCCGUUCAUCCUCUUCGACACCGACUGGAUGGGCCGCGAGAUGUACCACGGCCGGCCGGACGGGAGCCCCACCGAGGUUGCCGCCUUCCAGGAGGGCGUCCGCCAGGGGGCAUUCGGACUGCUCCUCAACUCCGUCGUGCUCGGGAUCAGCUCGUUCCUGAUCGAGCCCAUGUGCCGGAAGUUCACCGCCAAGGCUGUGUGGGUGAUGAGCAGCGUCAUCGUCUGCAUCGCCAUGGCCCUGGUCACCGUCCUCAGCUCCUGGUCGCUCGGCGACAUCGUCGGCAACGUGCAGGACGCCGCCACCACCGAUAAGGGCCUCAAAAGCGCCGCGCUCGCACUCUUCGUCUUCCUCGGCUUCCCCUUCGCGGUCCUGUGCAGCGUCCCGUUCGCCGUGACGGCGCAGCUGGCGGCGAGCAAGGGCGGCGGGCAAGGGCUGUGCACGGGGGUGCUGAAUAUCUCCAUCGUCGUGCCCCAGAUGAUCAUCGCCGUCGGCUCCGGGCCCUGGGACGAGCUGUUCGGGAAGGGCAACAUCCCGGCGUUCGGAGUCGCCUCCGUGUUCGCCUUCGCCUCCGCCGUCGCCGGCGUGUUGAUGCUGCCCAAGCUGUCCAAGACCAAUUUCCGGUCCGUCUCCAUGGGAGGAGGCCACUGAUGAUC